AAAUGACAAAGUCAAAUUUUGGCUACAACCUUUUGACCUUCAUCAUCCUGUUCAACAACCUCAUCCCUAUCAGCCUGCAGGUGACCUUGGAGAUGGUCAAGUUCAUCCAAGCCAUUUUUAUUAACUGGGAUCAAGACAUGUACCACCCCAAAACAGAGACACCUGCAAAUGCUCGGACUUCAAACCUGAAUGAGGAACUGGGACAGAUCAAGUUUAUAUUCUCAGACAAGACUGGAACACUGACCCAGAACAUUAUGAGGUUUAGCAAAUGCUCCAUUGCUGGCAUAGUGUAUGGUGAGAAUGAGGAAAGUGCUGAGUGCUUUAAUGAUGAAAGUGUGGUGCAGAAUCUCAAGACUGGACAUCCGACAGCCCCGAUCAUAUCUGAUUUCCUCACAUUGAUGGCUGUCUGCCAUACAGUGGUGCCCCAAAUAAACCACACAACUGGAGAGAUACAAUACCUAGCAUCAUCACCAGAUGAAGCAGCUCUGGUGAAGGCAGCGAAGCAGAUGCAUCAUGUGUUCACAACCCGUACACCGGAGUAUGUCGUUGUUGAUGUGAUGGGAAAACCGAAGAAGUACCAGGUCUUGAGUGUCUUGGAAUUUACUAGCAAAAGAAAGAGGAUGUCUGUAAUUGUUCGGACCCCAGAAGACAAGAUUGUGUUAUACUGCAAAGGAGCGGACAAUGUGAUAUAUGAAAGAUUAGGAUCGAACAGAGCUUACACAGAGGAAACUCUUGCACAUUUGGAGCAGUUUGCCUCAAUAGGUUUACGCACACUGUGUUUGGCCAUGACCGAAAUUUCAGAAAGUGGUUACAAGGACUGGGCUGACACGUUUUACAAAGCCAGCACUGCCAUUGUUGAUAGGGAGCAGAAAUUGGAGGAGGCUGCAGAGCUCAUUGAGAAGGAUCUGAAGUUACUUGGUGCCACAGCCAUUGAAGAUAGACUUCAAGAUGGAGUACCAGAGACCAUAGACACUUUAGCCAAAGCAGAUAUAAAGAUUUGGGUUUUGACGGGUGACAAACAAGAAACAGCCAUCAAUAUUGGAUAUUCAUGUAAACUUUUGAAUCAAGGCAUGGACUUGAUCAUUGUCAAUGAAGACUCCCUAGAUAGCACAAGAGAUGCCUUAGUACGACAUAAGGCACAGUUUGGAGAGCAGCUGGGCAAAGAAAAUUAUGCAGGAUUCAUCAUAGAUGGCCAGUCACUGAAGUAUGCUUUGACCUGCGACUGCAGGCAGGACUUUUUGGACAUAGCACUCAGUUGUCGGGCUGUCAUUUGUUGUAGAGUUUCGCCUCUGCAGAAAGCUGAGUUGGUAGACCUGGUCAAAGUAUCACAGAAUGCAAUUACUCUAGCCAUUGGAGAUGGGGCUAAUGAUGUUGGCAUGAUCCAGGCUGCCCAUGUUGGUGUUGGAAUAAGUGGAGAAGAAGGCUUGCAGGCUGCUUGUGCAUCUGAUUAUUCUAUAGCCCAGUUCCGUUUCCUUCAGAAGUUGUUACUUGUCCAUGGUGCCUGGAGCUAUAGUAGGAUAUGUAAACUCAUUUUGUACAGUUUUUACAAGAACAUUUGUCUCUAUGUCAUACAGUUCUGGUUCUCUAUUGAGAAUGGCUUCUCUGGCCAGGCACUGUUUGAGAAGUGGUCUCUGGGAUUGUACAAUGUGAUAUUCACUGCUGCACCACCAUUAGCUAUGGGCCUGUUUGACCGGUAUUGCUCUGCAGAGACCAUGAUGAAGAACCCAGUCUUGUACAAGGAUUCUCAAACUGGACGGCUGUUUAGUUUCAGAGUCUUCUGGUUCUGGAUUACGAAUGCAGUUUUCCAUUCAGUUGUGCUCUUCUGGAUGACUGUUGCAUCCCUCCGGCAAGAUGUAGCCUUUUCAGAUGGAAAAGUUGGUGACUAUCUGUUCAUGGGAAAUUUUGUGUACACGUAUGUGGUUGUGACUGUUUGCCUUAAAGCAGGACUGGAAACUAUUGCUUGGACUUGGCUGACUCAUCUUGCCAUCUGGGGAAGCAUCGCUUGCUGGUUCAUUUUCCUGAUCAUCUACAGCCAUGUCUAUCCGAUCACUGGUCUCGCAGCUGAAAUGGUCGGCAUGGAUCAAUACGUUUAUGGUUGUCCAUUAUUCUGGUUGGGACUUAUCAUCAUUCCAUUCUCAGCCUUGCUCAGGGAUUUUGUAUGGAAAGUAAUUAGACGAGAAUUCUUCAAAACUCACCGACAGUCAGUGCAAGAAUUGGAACUGGCUCAUAAGGAGGUCAAGAUAGAACUAGCACUGAAAAAGAAACUAAGACCAAUAUCUGAGAGGGCUCGCCUUAUCAGCAGAAAUUUUAUGAUGAACAUUGGAGACAGGAUGAUGGGCACUCGCAGAUCUCCAGUUUCUUGUAAUCAGCAUUUUUUUUUUUCCAAGUUAGAAAUUCAGGGCAUCU